AUCAAAAUAAAUGGCUCAAAAGAACUGUCAAAAGCCGAGAUUUGAUUGCCGCGAUGUCGUGAUUGUGAGCGUGAAUUGAUUGAAUUUAGUGACGAUCCGAGCGGGAAUUCGCGAUGGCCAGUCUUGAGAAACUGAUCAAGGCGUUUGAGUCGCUGAAACCGGCCCUGGCGAAUUCUGAAGACACCCAAAACAGGAAAAAGGAAAAGAUGCAGCACUGUGUUGUUGUGGCCGAAGCUUUGUGCGCCCCGGGUUUGCGGAACACGGCCGAGUUCACCAAAAUGCUGAGCAUCGCUUUCGAGACCCUGCUGACCACGGCAGGUGAUGAGGAUGCCGACGUGCGGAUGGCAGCCGACGAGAGUCUCGACGUUAUCACUCGGUCUUUGAUGGAAGGCAACGCAGGGAAAAUUCAGGUCGAGCUGCACAAGGAGUUGAAAAAGAACGGAAACCCCAAAUCCCUGAGAGCCGCCCUGUGGAGGUUUGGCGCCCUGAGCCACCUGAUCAGGCCGCAGAAGGGCAGGGUCUACAUGCAAAAUCUGGUGCCUUGUUUGGACCAGAUUGCAAAGAGGCCCGAGGAAUUGGUGCUUGAAACGCUGGCCACAGCUGUCGAGCAAAUUUUCAGUGCAAUCGGCACGUUUGCUGUUGAUGCGGAAAUCAAGUUGCUGCUGAAAACUUUCCUGGCCAACUUAAAUCAAACCUCUGCAGUGUCACGACGAACGGCAGCCAACUGCGUCCUCUCCAUCUGCCUGAACUGCAAAAAACCACCUGUAUUUUUGGCUUGGAGUCUUAAUUCUGUCCUGUCGGCACUCCUUCCUCUUCAGGAUGAUCUAGAGACUUCAACCAUCAUUGGUGCCCUUGGCUUCUUUCGACUAAUGGUGCCACAUUUCAAAGGGUCACUUUCUGAUGGCUCUCUGGAGCACCCACUCGUUAGCAAAGAUUCCUACAUUCAGAUUUAUGAGCUUUGUCUGCAAUUUGUGGUCCACCCCGACCACAAUGUGGCCAAUGCGGCCAUGGAGUGUCUCCAGCAGUUUUUGCGAAACUGUCCGCCAGUCGUGAUAGAAAUGUUGACGGACCCAAAGGGCCAGAGCAAAUCGUACAUAUCCAAUGCAGAGAAUUCUCUUAAGAAGCGGUCGUUCAGUCAACUGAGUGUGGCUACUUCUUACACCGGGGAAGAGCCAAGUAGUCUGAUGGAUGAACCCGCAGUUCAUUUUCCAGCUUCAAAAUUGCACAUGGGCACCGAACUGCCCAAAGACUUGGAUUUACCACUCGACCCCACAGUUGAACCUCUUCUUUCCCUCCAAGGCCUUGACGUCCUUGAAAGCCCAGUCCACAUUCCAAUUCGCAUCCCACGCGACGAUUCAUUUGCAGAAGACAGAUCGGAAAGUGAGGCUGCCCCGUCUUUUAUAGAAUCGGAGCCAACCUCGCCCAAAUCUGCUCGACCUUGCAACGUGGGAAACUUUGAGGACCCAGACGUGGUCCUCAAGCACUGCGCCAGGUUGUUGGCUCAUCAGUUUCUUUUGAAGGGUGUGGAUGGAGGUCUUUGGGAGGACUCUGAGGUCAGGGUUAGUGUAAAAACUCUGGCCUUGGCAUGCUUGUCUGGAGUGCUCACUAUUUACCCCGAGGCAAUAAAUUUGUGCUUGGACAAAAACGACCCAGAGAGUCAAAAGUUGUCAGAUAUUCUUCUAUUUGCUGAUCACAGUGACCCUCAACCACAAAGUUUGGCAAGCCAAGUAGCGGCCUCUGUUAUUUGUGCUGUUUUUAGAUCAAAUGAAAACUCAUUUUGGACCUCGGGACUCAAAAUUGAUCAAAUGUUGGAUCCCAUCUUGAAAGGUAUAAAUAGUGAAUCGUCAGUUACGAUUCACCAGACUUUGUCAACAUUGGCAACUUGCAUAUCUGCACUGAUGGGCAGCUCGGAAAGUUUCCAUGCAAUAACAUUACUGGACGCUGUCGUUCAGCACAAAAGCAACCCCUACUGGCUUGUCAGGGUCCGUCUUCUGGAAUUGGUUGCUGAGCUCAAGUUUUCUGUUUUGGCUUACAUUUCAAAAAGCUGCCGAUUGCAAAAUAUUUUCCUGGAUGAUGUUGUCUUGCACCUUCUUCAUGACGAGGACUCGAGAGUUCGAUCAGCAGCCUGCUCAACUUUAACUAAAAUCAUUCCUAAUCUCUACAUGCCUCACGACAACCCUUUGGAAAACCCUUUGACUGCGAAUGCCAGGCAUUUGAGUAUUAAAAUUCUGGGACCUUCAUCAUUUAUGCACUCGAGUCAAAAAGAUAUGCUCCCGAAUUUAGGCUUCAAUUUGUCGAGAGUGGUUUCGACUUUGAAAAACAUGCUUCUGACCUCUAGAACAAAGCACCUGACUUUUGGCUGUUGUGAGGCUUUAGCAGAGCUUGCUAACAACUAUCCUCCGAGAAUUCACCAAAAAGCGUGGGGAUGCUUUUAUUUGAGCAGAAAAGAAAAGAAGGCAACGUUGAAAAGAUCAGCGAGCCAAUCUGAGAUGAAGCCAAAUGAAAACUGUAGCCCAGCAACUUUGUUCCUCUCCUCGACUUGCGCACUUCUUACCACUUCUCAGACCACAAUAGAUCUUGGGUGCCAACAAAAGCUUUUGAACUUCGCUGGCAGUUUGCUUGAAGGAGCCCUUGAGUGCUGCUUGAGCAAAAAGGAUUUGCAGAAUUCCUCGAGCAACGCCACCUCCGAAGAAGAACAAGCGAAACCACCUUGGGUUCACUUCAUCAAUGAAGCAAAGUUAGCGUCGGUGACUGAUCAACUAUGGAACCACACCUGCCAGCUCCUGGCAAUGUUUGCUUUGACUUUGGACGACACUCCGACCACCAAAAACGUCCUUCCUCAAGCUUUGAAUGUCCUUCAGUCACCUAUCAAAAAGAAAAAAGAACAAAAUGACAAGCUCGGAGCUGAGGAAAAGGAAGACAAGAAGGGCCAACGGCACUUUGCCAGCCAGUUUGCUGCCAGCCAGCAAAGCAUGCACAUUUUGGACCUGAUCAAAUGUUCUCACUCAAAUUACAAGCUCACUCUUGAUCUGCAAGCCAGUGAGAAAUUUUUGGCUCUGCUAAAUUCAACUCUAGUGGUGAUGGCACAAAUUUUGGAAUUCACCACAAUCACUGAGCUUGGAAGGGUAGCAGAGGAGCUAUUGUACUACCUCAAGUGUACAGUGUCUGUUUGUCCUGUUGUGACCGUCAAAGCUGUUCAAAAACUUCUGCGAGGUCUGUUCGGCUCUAAUUCGUUCGCUCCUUACGAAUUUGAUGUGCCCAUGUAUGGAGGAGGACUCUAUGAGGGCUGUUUUGCCACCCACUACAGGCAAGUGUUUGCAAAUGUGGAGGCACUGAGGUCUGGAGCAAGCAGUCUCGAGAAAAACACAAAGUAUAUAGUAGAAUCUCUGAAACCGAUCAACAAAGCGAUCAAAAGCAAAGACAAAGUUUCUCUUGCUGCGUACAUAAAACUCUUCGAGCCAAUGGUUAUCAAAUCUUUAGAGCAAUACACAGUGACCAGUGACGUUGAGCUUCAAUGCGCCGUUUUGAGUUUGCUCAGCCAACUGGUCCUUUUGAGAGUCAACUACUGCCUACUCGACUCGGACAGAAUAUUCAUCAAUUUCGUUCUCAAGCAAUUUGAACUAAUCGAAGAAGGCCAUGCAAACAAGGCGUGGUUGUUGGUGCCGCAGAUAUUCAAAUUCCUGGUCCAACUUUCCUAUGAGAAGAAUCACUCGAAAGCAAUAAUAGGGGUGCCGGAAAUUCUGCAACUCUGCGAUGGUCUCAUGGCUAGUGGACAGCCACCCCAAACACAUUGUAUUCCUGCUUUGGUUCCCAUUGUGGAGGACGUUUUUGUGUCCAGAGGAGGGCAAAAUUUAACAGACUCAUCUGAGUUGGAGACGCAGAAAGAAGUCAUAGUUGCAGUUCUUUUAAGACUGGUUGAUUAUCAUGAGGUUUUACGACUUCUGGCUCUGAUAUUGUAUCAGAGUAGGAAAGACAAAGAAAGAUCUCGUCGUUGGGCCACAAAGAUUUUGGACGCUUUACUGCCUACCUUGAACAACUACCAAGUCCGUUUGGACAGCUGGGAUGCACUGGACUCACUUUUGCAGCUUUUCCGAUCACUUCCAAAAUCUGUGGCCAACAAUAUAGACCCUUUGUUACUCCAUCUUUUUGCUGACCCACCGUCUGAGGACAUUUUCAUCUCAAACCAACGCUGGCUGGCCAGCUUCUCCGUCGUUCUCUCGCACCUCCUUGUUGCCAGCACAGAGGAAGAUGUGCUGCAAAGAAUUCAGCACCUCAACCUCGACGUGGGGAAAAACAUGGCAGACCCUUUAAAUGUUUCACUCUCCACUGACCCACCUGAUAUUAUAUUUGCAAGACUCUUGUUCUUAACUGUUGAGACGGUCAUGAAGAGGGUCGUACAUUUAGUAACCACCUGCAGCAUCCCAAUGAAUUCCACUGAAUUCAUUCAACAACAGGCUGCCCACUUGCUCUUCCUUGUUAUUUACCUGCUUGAAUCUGGCGCCUACUGCAAAGUGGCAACGUCGGCCAUUCAUCUAGUCCAAGAAAAGCAACUGCAUUUGGACAGUAUCAACGACCUUUUUAUUAAAUCUUCUUCUUUUUGCCCCACUCUUUCUAUUCAAUGGUCUUAUCUGCUUGUUCUUCUUGGAUACGGGGAGCGGAAAUUUUGGUCAAAAUUAUUAGGACCGACUUCAAAGCAACAACAUUGCUGCAUAAGUGUGGAGACGGUGCGCAGAGCCGGCCUAAUUUUCUUCUCAGACUUAGUAGUACGUUGCUUGCAAGAAGUAUGUGUGUGUGACACUUUAGGUGAAGAGGAGCAUCUUCAGUGGCUGCUGCGCCACCACCUGGCUGAAGUGGUGUUGCUGAGCAAGGAGGUGCCGGUCCAAGAGCUAAUCCACUCUGUACACCGAGACUCGGCGGCCAGUGGCCUCCUGCUGGCCGCCUGUCCCUCAGUGCCUCUGACCUCAGUGGCCACAGUUUCGCGUUUGGCCACCGGAGUGCUUGAAGGGGUGCACCAGGAGCAGACGUGGCCUCUGCUCACCUUGCUGGUGGGCCAAUUGUUGCCCAGUGUGGCGCCUCUGGCCGUUCAGCGCCAACUGACUACCCUGGCGUGCAGAAGAACGGAGAUGCUGAUGCUGCUCUCGGAGGAAGAGGCGGCAAGCAAAGUGGCCCAGGGCGAGCUCGACUCCCUCAUUUACGGAUUGGAAGACAGGCACGAGCGUCUCAGAAGUUUAUUGACCAAAUUGAGAGCCCAAGUGUUUGGAGACUCGGCCGAAAAUUCCCCGGCCGUCACUGCUAAUGGAAGUGGGGAAGCUGAUGAGAAAUGGUUCAUUUCCCAAAUCAAAGAAAGGUGUAAAACCUGUGAUCCGAUCUGUUGUGCAAAACUCAUGGGACAGUUAUCGAUGUCUGACGCUAUCAGUGUCAUGGAACAUGCAGAUUUCAACCUUGACGUUUUGGAACACUGCUUUGCAAUUGGUGCAAAAUCUUCCGAACAGUUGACAAAUGGCGGAUAUGAAGCGAGUCCACUUCUCAUUGCCUCCCAAAAAUUCCUUUUUGCGCAGCUGCAAUUAUUUCUUCAAAUCUCCCCUGACUACAAUGAAAUGGAAAAGUACGAGGCGAAGUUGACGGAGUGCUUUGGAAACAAGAAAUGGAUGUCAAAGUUGGUGCCCCUCGCAAAGGCAGUGACGGUGUACAUUUCGAUAAGAUGGCUCAGAGAAUAUCAAAAAAAUAUUCUAGUGUUUGGCCUCACUUGUCUUCAGGCCACUAGUUUCUACUGCAAAAACUCGCCGUCCAAUCUAAGCGACCUUUUGGAAGCAGCAGCUGCCGUUUUGUCCCUGAACUGGCCUAAUGAACCAAGUCUAGUCCCUCUAGUGUGCUAUGCCUGCAGUUCUCUGUACUCGACAACCCUGAGUCUAUUGAAUGUAAAAUCUCUGCCAGCCCCCUCAGGAAUUGCAGCCGAUUGUCCAAACGCCAAAGUUCAAAUUGCUUCAUUGUUGGUAUUACUGGACAGUAUUCGACAAAAGGAACCGAAACUGCCACGAUUCUUACUCGACCCCCUUCGGACUGUGAUCCGCAGUUUGGCUGCUCUUCCUCCCCUCUUUGUGUUAGCCUGCACCCCUCCCGAAGCCCUCAAAAUGGGCUGGAGUCCGCCUCAGGAGGUGCAGUUUCCCACUUUGCCUGUCGACUUUCUUCUUGAGACUGACGUUUUGGAACAAUUCAUUUUUAGGCUCAACUCGCUGGGCUGGUCAAACAGACAGCACUUUGAAGAGAGCUGGAUGGCCUAUUUAGGAGUAUUAAAUGCAAGUCUGGAGCACGAUUUGCAGCCAGAAGAAGCCACGGCCAUUAGUCAGGCGCAGUGCUUGGCCGUCAGAGGAAUCACGUCAUUAAUUUUGCAAAGUUUGGCUCUACCAGAGCCUGGACGGCUUGUUUGCAGUACUUACAUCCACAUUCCGAGGGGAAAUAAUGAAAUGAAUGCAAGUUUGAAAUCUGCUUUCAAUCAAAUGGACUGCAUAAUUAGCAAGGACGUAGAGAGCAAUUUGGACAGAUUUGGAUUGAAGUCAUGCUAUGGGUACGGUCAGCUUUCCAGAAGAUACAUAAUGGAGACAAUUCAACGGUCGGAAAACCCUUCUUCACUUGUUCAUGAAGAUUUUGUUAAACGAGAACAGCGCCUGAAAUCCAUGGGCCUCGACAUUCACUCCUGCCUCCACUUUUUGCUUGAACAUUACACUCAACUGGCAGACCCUCAGUCUCAAACACAACUUGUCUUGCUGGUGGACGUGAUAAGAUCUGUACUGAUGCUCUCGGACGUUUUCACUGAGAGGUCUCAAUUUGAAUGGAUGCUGCUCAAAUUCCUCGACAUCAGCAAAAACCACCCCCUCGAAGAUGAAAUCAUGCAUGAACUUUUGACUCUCGGCGUUUGCAAGGCAUCAAUUGUAUUGGAGCUGAUGGACCCGGAAACCUUAGAAAAGGUGAAGAAAAUGUUGGAGACAAGUUUACGAAGUGGGUUUCUUCCAUCCCGAUUGUGCGGCUUGCAAGGUUUGCUGUUCCUUUUGCAGAGCGACCUGUCGGACGAAUUUGUUCCCAUGGCUAUAGAAUAUGUGCAAAAACACAUGGACCUGGCCUCAGGAUCUAACAGCCACAGUGAGAGACACCUUUAUUCGCUAUGGGCGUUGAUUUUCUACCUGCUCGAAGCUGGCAACGCCUCCGAAUUGGCACCAGCCUUAUUGCAGCUGGCCCUGGCUUUGGCCUCUUCAGGACAGAGCAACCUUUCUAUGGCAUUAGUUAAGGGGCUUGAGAGACUGACUAUUUUCGGGACACUCGACGUUUCCUCUAAAGGUCAAAUCACCCGAUUGGCCCUCGAGAGGCUCAGGUCUGCACACCCUGCCACCAGUAUGGCCGGUCUGCGCCUUUUGCUGGCGUGCAUGUACACCGGCCAGCAGGAAUUGGCAGAUUCCUCGGAAGACCCAGAAAUUCUUUUGCAAGCCCUAGAGAAAACAUCCGCCCUCUUUGACAAAGUUAAAAAAGGUUAUCCUCAAGAGGCAAAAGCGGUCUGCCAGGUGCUCCCAGGCGUCCUCUCAGCAUUUUUCCCUCCAUCAGAAAUGCUGACGAAGGUCAUCGGAGAAUUCAUUUCAAAUCACCAACCGCACCCUCAACUCAUGGCUGAUGUCGUCUUCCAGUUACUGGCCGAUGCCUGUUCCCGGGAUCAGUUGCCCCUUUUGCAGGACUGGCUGGUUUUGUGCUUGUCAAACUUCACACAAUGCUCGCCUGUCGGUAUGGCUGUGUGGAGCCUGACAUGCAUCUUUGUUGGCGCCUCCAGCAACCAGUGGCUCAAAGCUCUAUUUCCUGUGAUCCAAGCUCGAAUUGGGAGAUGUGAAAGCCAAGACUUGGCGAUUUUCCUGGUUGCUGCGGACGACUUCUAUAAAAAGCUUCCGGAAAAUUUGAAGCAGCAAUUCGCAAAAGCAUUCCAAGCUAGUUCGAGCAGCGGACCAUUUCAAGAUGUGAUUGCCAGACUGGCUCUAUGAAAACUUCAAACUUCUGACUUUCAAUAAUGUACUCGUCUGUUAUAAUCAAAACCGUUGUUUCACGUGUUUACAAGUGUUAUUUUAUUGAACAAUAAUAAAUUAAAUAUAUAUAUCAACAUUAA